GAUGAACGCUUUGCCUCUCAUUCGUUCCUUUCUUACUUUCGUUCAUUCCUUCACCCAGAGAAAACAAAAAGGGAAAACCUAGCUAGCCUCCACCGCCGCCGAACUGAGUGACCUACUGCCGCCAUCCGUGGCCAUUCGAGGAGUCUCUCUUCGUACUGUUGGCGUUAUCCAAGUUGAACCCCCUGAUCGCUGUCUUCUUCCUCGCUCGGCGCCCAUCCUCCAUCGGAUUCGUCCUGUCGCCGUCGCCGUCGUCUCGUCGCCCUUUCGAAGCCUCUUAGCAUCUUAUGCCAGUUGUUUCGGACAGAGACUGGAUUUUCUCAUGGUGAUGGUCAAGGCCAUGCAAAUUUAUUCAAAGUAGUUAAGCAUUACUUGCCUGGUCCAGGCAGUAUGCUCUCUGGUUCCCUAGAGUAAACAUUUUGUGAAUUCAUGAAUAUUAUAAUAUUUCUUGGAGACAAAUCCAUAGGGGGAGUAUUGCAUAAUCUCAUGUUAACAACAACAACAACAACAACAACAACAAAGCCUUGUCCCACUAGGGUGGGGUCGGCUAAAUCUCAUGUUAACAACAGAGACAAAAAGUUCACCUCACUACACUAUAUAAUCAUGCAUCCAGGCUCAUAUAUAUUUCCAGAAAAAUCGAAAGAGGCCUAUCAUCAAGCUCAUAGUUCAUCAAUAAUCUCCAACCUCAGUAAGCUGAAUCGUUAAGCCACCGAAAAUGGGAGGCCAUGGUGGCCUCAACAUUCUCCCGCAGAAGCGGUGGAACGUCUACAACUACGAGAACAGGGAAAAGGUCCGCCGCGACGAGGAGCAAGCCACCAGAGACGAGCAGAUCAAGCGCGACGAGGUCAGAAAGCGCGAUGCCGAGUUCCGCCUCGAGCGCCUCCGCACCGCCAAGGGUUUGGCUCCUCUCGUUAAGGCCAAGGCAGAGGAAGAGAAGGAGGAGGAAGGAGAAGAAGAACCAGAAUCGAAUAAUUCGGGUAACAACGGACACAUUAACUUGUUCGAGGGGAUUAAGAUUUUCGAUCCUGUACGAGGAACCGAGAAGAGGAAGGAGUUGUUGGGGGAAAGGGAAGGGUGGAAGAAGGAGAAGAGGAUGAAGAAAGAAGAAGGGAAGUCCUCGGGGGUGGCGGUGGGUCCCGAGGAUGACAAGUAUAGGUUAGGGUAUGGGGUAGCAGGGAAGGGUGUGAAGAUGCCUUGGUAUCUUGAGAAGCGGAAUGGCGAUGAUGAGAAGGGUGGUGGGGAUGAUAGUGAUGGAAAAGUGAAGAAUGAGAACAACAAGAAGAAGAAGAAUGGGAGGAAGACUUUGGAGGAGUUGAGGGAAGAGAGGUUGAAGAGGGAGAAGCGCGAGAAGGAGCGCGAGAGGGUGUUGAUCGGGGAGAAGGGCUGCAGCAGCAGCAGCCAUGGUGAGCCCCGCAGUGAUAGAGAUGUGUAUGGGAACAAGAAGUUUAACAGGCGAUAAUUUCAGUAAGUGACACAGAUUUCCUUAUUGAUGCGUCCUCCAUGUCUUGUUGCACGGAUCUCUGGAUUUGCUCUGCCGGAUAUGGCCUUUGGGAUUUUGUUCUUUUUGUUCUAGGGUAAUUCAUUGCAUAUUCACAAAUCACAUGCAGUUUCUUGCAACCCACAUCAAAGCUCCCACUUUGCUAAAUAGACCCGGUAAAAUCACCUGUCAGAGUUUGUGCUAUUAAUUAGACUCGAGUCCAGUGGACUCAAAUUGCUUGUCUGUAAGGGGAAAAAGAAAGCAGAAUCACGUUAUAUUUUUUGGUUUGGAGUUUCUAAAGCUUUUAGAUGAAGCUUAGUUUCCGAUUAUUGCCCUGUGUAGAAAGGAUCUUCAAAUUGCUUGAGCUUAUGUGAAAAAGUGGGAAAUAACAUUUUGUUAUCA